CAAAGACACAUGGACUAAUAGUGACGCGAACAGACUCACAGCGACCAUAGACUCAUAGCGAGGCUUGCACAUCAUCAACAACAACGCGAAACAAAAUAGCUCAAAACAUCUUUUCAGCAGGAAUUGGGAAAACAAAAAAGUCGAUCGAUUUCUUGAAGUUGGAAAGCAUGGGAUGUUUCUAAGAAUUAUUGAUAAAAUCUAGCCGCUUGAAUAAUGGCUGCCAAAAGUGAAAGUAAAGACAUCCUAGACCCAGCGGACCCAUUUGUACAAUAUAUGUAUGAGAUGAUAGACUAUUUGGCUCUUGGUGUUUGCUUUGAUGUUCACCGAACUGUAAGACUUGGAAGGUUUCAUUUAGAUGAUAUUGACAAUGAGUCGCAAAAAGACUUCAGUAAGUGGAGAAACAUGUGUGUAUUUGUUAGAACUCAAAAAAAUUACUCUCAUAUUCUUGCAGAUUUUUUAUUUGAAGCUUCGCUUUUCUUUCAAUUCUGCUUCUUCUUUCAAUUUACAAACAUAUUUGUGUCAUAUCAUCCUCUUACAACUUUCAAAAAUAUUGUUUUGACCUUUUUCAACAAUGACUUGAUUCAACAUUUGUCAUGUGAUUAUCAUUUUGAAUCCUUAUAUACAGAUAUUGUACAGGAGGCAGGAGUUGAUGUUUUUGGGCAACCGCCAAUGAAAAAGUUUAUUGAAUGUGCUUGCCCAAAUUGCCAAAGAUCUAUGGCAUCAAAUAGAUUUGCUCCACAUUUAGAAAAGUGCAUGGGAAUGGGAAGAAAUAGUAGCAGAAUUGCUAGUCGAAGAAUCGCCACAUCAGGAAAGAUGGAAGAGUAUGAUAUUGAUGAUGAUUAUGAUAAUGAUUGGUCUUAUGAAUAUGAGAAGAAAGGAAGAAAAUUACGAAAAGAAAAACAGGUGAAUUGCUCUCCUAAAAACAGAAAAAUUAAUCAAAGGAAAGUCACAGAUCCAUAUUCAAGCAGUAGAAUGUCAGUCACACACAAUAGUGUCUCAGUUGCCAAUAACACAGAAAGGAAUGCAGGUGGUGCCUCUGGAAGCACUAAUGGUACCAGUAAUAGUGGUGGCAGUGGAUCACGGCCUGGGACACCAUGUUCCACAGCAAGUGGAGAAACUAACAAUAACAUUAAGACUGGACCAACAUUACAGGCACUGGAGUCCCUAAGUCAAGAUGAAAAGAUUGCACUGUUGAUGCAGACUUGUGGUGCAAUCUCAGAACAUACUGGCAAAAUGUGUACAAGAACUGGAAGAUGUGCACAACAUUCUGAUGAACAACGAAGAGCUGUUAGAGAUUUAGUAUUAGGUGAUGUUGAUGAUAUACCCUUGCCACCUAGCAUGAGACCAGAGGGUGCUAAUCCAUUGGAUCAAGAUGAUAUUCAUAUAGAUGUUGAUGGUUAUGAAGACAUGGAUGCUGGAACACCUCUUUUGAGAGACUUGAGCCAAAUGUCUUGGGAGGAAGGAUCAAAUGUUUCACUGGGAUCUGAUAUUGUACCAGUCCCUUCAACUCCAAAACAAGCAAAGAAAACAAAAAGUGGAAGACGCUCAAGGAACAGAUAAUAUACUGUUUGCAACUGUUCUUUUGU